UUGCCUCUGCAAGGACAGCACGACUAGUUCUGUCACAGCCAUGUGAGUUUAGUGUCGCGAUUCGCAUUUUCAUUUUGGAGGGCUUCAAGGAAGAGCACCCGACCAACCCCCCCGGAGCACAAGUACAAAUCCGUAUCUUCGCAUGUCAAGCCUCGUUAUCAACUAUUUUCAACCGUUUGACAGGCGUUGUCUGGGAUGCCCGGUGACUUUUUGGCGUUUUUUAAUUACCGGUGACUGUAUAACAGUGGUCUCGGAACUGUCACAUAGUCUAGGCUAUCAUAGGAGGCACAUUUGGUCUGUCAUGCAAUGGAGGCUCGGAUUUUUACCCUUUAUUUACUUAUCAUCGUCUGCUUGUUUCACGUGUCUCUACAGGGACAGCACCAGCGCAGACUGUACAAGGACCUGAUGCGAAACUACAACCCUCUGGAGCGUCCCGUGUUCAAUGACUCCCACUCGCUCACCGUACACUUCAGCUUCAGCCUCAUGCAGAUCAUGGAUGUGGAUGAGAAGAACCAGGUCCUGACGACCAACAUCUGGUUACAGCUGUACUGGACUGACUACUACCUGCAGUGGAACACCACAGACUACCCUGGAGUUACCAAUGUCAGGUUCCCUGACACCCAGAUAUGGAGGCCUGACAUUCUCCUCUACAACAGCGCUGACGAGAGGUUUGACGCCACCUUCCACACCAACGUCCUAGUCAACUCCACUGGCUACUGCCAGUAUCUCCCCCCAGGAAUCUUCAAGAGCACAUGCUACAUCGACGUGCGCUGGUUUCCCUUCGAUGUCCAGCGCUGUGACCUCAAGUUUGGCUCGUGGACAUACGGGGGCUGGUCUUUAGACCUGCAGAUGAUAGAGGCGGAUGUGACUGGAUACAUUGCUAAUGGAGAGUGGGACCUUGUGGAGGUCCCCGGACGGCGGAACGAGCGUUUCUAUGACUGCUGUAAGGAGCCUUACCCUGACGUGACCUUCACGGUGGUGAUGCGUAGACGCACCCUCUACUACGGCCUCAACCUGCUCAUCCCCUGUGUCCUCAUCUCCACCCUGGCCCUGCUCGUUUUCCUGCUGCCCGCGGACUCUGGAGAGAAGAUCUCACUGGGUAUCACUGUGCUGCUCUCUCUAACUGUCUUCAUGCUCUUGGUAGCCGAGAUCAUGCCGGCCACCUCCGACUCUGUUCCUCUCAUAGCCCAGUACUUUGCCACCACCAUGGUCAUCGUGGGCCUGUCCGUCAUCGCCACCGUCCUGGUCCUCCAGUACCACCAUCAUGACCCGGACGGAGCCAAAAUGCCAAAGUGGACACGCGUGGUGCUCCUGAACUGGUGCGCCUGGUUCCUGCGUAUGAAGCGGCCCGGCGAGGAGCGUGUGCGUCUGGCUUGCCACAACAAGCAUCCGCGCAACAGCCUCUCCAGUGUGGAGCUCAGUAUGAGCCAGGGGACCGUCCAGCCCACCAAUGGCAACAUGCUCUACAUUGGCUUCCGGGGCAUGGAGGGCAUGCACUACACCACCACCCCCGACUCUGGCGUCAUAUGCUCCAGGCUGGUGGGGGCAGGGGACGAGGAAGUGCUGCUACCCGGGGCCGGGCUGCCCAACUUGGGCAGCAUGGCAGGCGGCACCGGGGUGGGGGUGGUGAGCCCCGUGGACUCCGACAUGUCCAAGAUCCUGGAAGAGGUGCGCUACAUCGCCAAACGCUUCCGGGGCCAGGACGAGGACGAGUCGCUGUGCAAUGAGUGGAAGUUUGCGGCGUCUGUGAUUGACCGGCUGUGCCUGAUGGCGUUCUCUGUGUUCACCAUCCUCUGCACCAUCGGCAUCCUCAUGUCAGCGCCAAACUUCGUGGAGGCCAUCUCCAAAGACUUCUUCACCUGAGCGGGCUGUUUGUGUUGGAGGAUGAAAGGGAUGGGGUCACGUGUGUGUGUGUGUGUGUGUGUGUGUGUGUGUGUGUGUUUGUUUGGGGGGGGGGUGUACAUAUAUACACACACAAAAGCACACACACGUACAGUCUCACACACAAUCUCACAUAUACACACACACACACACACACACAUUCCCACUUGCACUCACAUGCAUUUAAUGUAUACUGUUUAUAUCCCAAACACAUCUUUAUCUAUGACUUAUAUCAGCUGACUACCCCACUCUUCAGUAUUUUCACAUAUUUUUCACAUACGUUACUGUAUUUAGAGUGGCUAUUAUAAUGGCACAACUUAUAGCAAUACAAAUGUGUUCAUCAUAUGUGGUGUGAAUCUGUGAUCAAUUGAGGUCUUCAUCAACAAUGACUGUGUAUAUUAAGUAGCACUUUGGGGAUGUUCCAGAAAGCAGGAUCAUUGAGUUAACCAGCUAGCUUACUGAAAUCCAUAUUUUUGAGAAAUAUACACUUGACAUUGGCAUAGCAUCAACAAUCAAAAACACAUAUUCAAGCUGAGCUAAAUUAACCAAAAAAAUUCAAGAGAUAUAUAUGAUUGUUAAUAUGUUAGCUAGAUAACUUAAGGAUUUAUUUGAUUUUAUCACAGGCUAUUGGAAGUAUACAUGGGUGAAAAUGUUUGUUCCAAAAAAGGUUUGGUGUUUGUAAUGUUCAUUCGUGUACAGUACAUGUAAAAUGGAAAAAGUAGUUUCCCUUGUUUAUGCCUUUCAAAGGAAAUCUCUGUAACGUUCAUGCUGAGUUUCUCUCAAUCUAAAGCUCGUUUCAUAGAUUUGCUCGAGUGAAUUGAAGAGACUGCCCCAAUUGCAAAAUGUAGAUCAUUUCUGUUUUCUUUCCUUCUGCAUUAUAAGUUCAAUUCCCAAGAGAACAGCCAUGCCAAUAAUAAUUGUAACAGUGUUUUGGACUUGUGAUUGUUGUGCUAUUUAUUCUUUGUUUCACUGCUUUGUGCCACUGACCCAUUUGACAUGCAUGGAACCUAUGACAUUUGACGUAAGUGUUUGGACGAAAAGCGUACAAUGAGGGAGUUCAGUGAUCCCUGGUGUCACCCUGGAAUGAAGGACAAGUUCUGCUCGAAUACUUCAGGUGUGUAUUCACCAGGAUCCAAAUGGGAAGGAUCUAACUAAAUGUGUCCAAUAGAAACUCUUGGUUUUUUUUGGUAACCGUUUUUCCAUUGCCAAACGUUUUGCAGCAGUUUGCUACGUUGUGCAGUAAUGAAUACACCCCCAGGUGAUAGCUCAAUCUGUUUGAAAAUGGUUUCAUACCUUCUGAAUAUGACCCUUGCUUGGGUUUUCCAUCGCCCUCUGUUCUCCUCAACUGUUCCUCUGGACUGUAACAGCUGUAUGGGAGCCUACCGCUCUUCCCGUCCACCUUUAUCAUUUAACCUUUAACCCUUACUUAACAUUUGUCAUUUAUGUGCACUUGCAUCCAUGCCCAGAAUACAUUUGGAUCCAUGCACAAAAAUAAAUGU